GAAAAUGCCCGAAAACGGUGAGGAAAAUGUCAAACAUGUAUUUUUAAUAGUUGGCAACAUCCGUCGAUGUGAUCAUUGAAAAAAUAAAAACACGCGAUUCCCCAGGCAAGUGCAGCGGACGGUAUUUUGUGUAAUGUAACGUCCAAAUAUUAAGAAAUAAUGUCAAUUUCCAACUUGUGUUGCCUUUGUAUUAAGUGCGGCCUAAACGGGGGAAGCUUUUGCAUGAAGAACGAUGUUAAGAAGAUGAUGAAGUUUUUAUUGACGUAAUAAAAUUGUCAAGUGAGUGUUAUAUGUCGUAUUGAGCAUUUUUGUAAUAUAAUGCAGUUACGUACGAAAUUUGCAAGUUCCUACAAUAACGUGACAGCUUUGCAGCUCUUUGUAACAAAAACUGAAUAUUUAUAGUGAGCACCAUCAUGGAACAAAAUACUAGAGUUAUAUUUGUCCAUGUUAGUGUUGACAAUGGAAUCAAAGAAAUAUCUAUUCGUCCUUACUCAACUGCAGAAGAUGUCUGUACAGAAAUAGCCGUAAAGUUGGGGAUAGGACCUGUUUCUCGACAUCUAUUUGCCCUACGACUACAUGGAUCUAAUAUUUACCUGAGUCCUAAUUGUAAACUAUUUGAUGCUCAUAUAAAUGCAUCAUAUGACUUUCGACUUCGAUAUAAGGUCCCAAGCUUGAGUCGUUUAAAACAUUCUGACAUUAAAGCAUAUAAUUACUAUUUUCAUCAAGCCCGGGGGGAUGUAAUGAAUAAUCAGAUUCCUGAUAUAAGUUCUGAAAAGUACAAGUCAGAAUUAGUUGGUUUGGGUGUAGCUGAUAUGUAUCGUGUAAUGUUGGAAGAAGGUGUAGAAAGAGACAUUGUAGAGAAUGAUUACAAAAAAUAUAUACCAAAAGAUGUAAUCCGGCAUCAUCUGUUUUUUAUUAAAAAGCCUAUUCAUGAGACUUUAGGAAGAAUUAAAAAAGGUGGUAGUCAUGAUGCAUGGUAUGUGAAGGGUGAAUAUUUGAAACAAUUCGAGGAGAUGGCUCCAAAUUAUUUGAGUGAAGAUUUCAAAGUACUGUCUGAUGAAGGUGGUUCAGUACGAUCAGUAUUUGUGAAUGUGAACCCAUUUCACAAGGAAGAACCUGGAAUAAGAUUGUGUUAUGAUGGAAAAAAACAGUGGCUGCAUUUGUGUACUAUUGAAGAAUUAAUUUACAUAUCUGUAAGAAAUGAUGGAACUGUAGAAAUUUCCAGAAAAAAUGGUAUUCCUACCUAUUUCAAAUUUCGUUCUAUACCUUUAAUGUUCUCAUUUGUGAGUUUGCUUGAUGGAUAUUAUCGAUUAAUGGUUAAGUGGACAUUUAAUUUAUGCAAGGAUGUACGUUCUCCAUCAGUUCAGAAAUUGCACGAAUUGAAAUGCCAUGGUCCAGUUGGUGGAGAAUUUUCUUAUGCCAAAUUGGAAGAAAAAAGAAACAAUAAAUGUGGAUGUUUUAUAAUACGAGAGAGCGAAAGUAAAUAUAAUGUUUUAUUCUUGGAUGUAUGCACUAAAGGAAGCUCCAAACCCAAGACUUUGAAAAUAGAUAAAGUUGGGACUCAGUUUUUAUUCAGUGCUGAUGGAUGCUAUUACGAUAGUUUGUCUCAGUUGUUAGCUGCAUAUCGUGAAGAGAAGGGGGGCAUAUAUUUGCAAGAAUGUUUACCUCCUUCAGAAUAUGAUCGUUCAUCUCUACUAUUGUGCCAGCCUGAUACAGGUGCAAAAGAUUCUAGUUUCUUUUCUGGCCUGGGAUCGUCAACUCCAUCAGGAACUCCUGUAUGCAUUGACAUCAGGAAUUUACAAGUUUAUAAAAAUCACAAGAAAGAAAGUCGUGGUGGAAAAUCUGUUGUGUACCGCACACUUUGGAGAAUGGGUCCAGGAAAGAAACUAGAAGUUGCAAUGAAGAUCUUGAAACCAGAAUAUCGUGAGAAACAUUUAAAGGAUUUCAUGGACUUGUGUGGAAGAUGGGCUUUCCUGCAAACUAGUGCUAUUGUGAGGCUGUAUGGCAUUACUUUAGCAAGUCCAUUUGCUAUGGUCAGUGAAUAUCUUUCCUUGGGCCCUUUGGACCAUCAUCUGCAACAUCAUCAUCAUGAAAUUAAGACAGUGGAUUUAAUAGAAGCUGGCACAUACUUAGCCACAGCAUUGUGGCAUUUGGUAAGUAUGCACUGGAUUCCUCCGGAAUGCUAUUUAAAUCUCGAAGUGGCUCGUAGUGUAGUGGCAGCUGAUGUUUGGGCCUUUGGCACUACACUUUGGGAAAUUUUUAUGUUUGGAGAACCUGUAUUUGAACGUGUUACUAAUUUGGAUGCAGUGAAAAAGGGACUGCUGUCCGGCAUCGAAAUAAUGCCGAGACCCAAGAAAGAAGCCGCCGAUGCUCUCAAGAAGGUAGUGUCUUCGAGGCCCUCACGAAAAGUGGUACGAGUUAAGUCACCUCCAGGCUGUCACGAAAUAAGUCAACGGAAACUUCCACAGCCUCGUAAAUGUCCUUAUGAUAUUUACAAAUUAAUGCAAGAAUGUUGGGAGCUGGAUCCUCAUCAAAGAAAGAAGCCUCAAGCCAUAAUGCGAGACAUCAACCAAAUAUUAUAUCAAGAAGAUACAUAUCUUGAUUAUUCGAAGUCGGAUGUUCUACUUGUGAACGUAGAAGAAGAUGCACAAGAAAGUAGUGCAACUAGUGUUGCAAGCAGUCUGGAAGACCCAUGGCUUCUUGAAGAGGAUAAAAGAUCCACUUCAGAAGCAAGUGCAGUGUCUCCUGACCUCACCAGUAUUUUUCUUUCAUCAUUUCCAUUUUCUCCAGAACCUCAGCCCAUGGACAGUAUCACCUCUAUGCAAGGGAUUUUUGAAUUAGAUGGGAAUUGCAAUGUUGUUUUACAAGGUCGCAUUGGACAGGGAUUCUAUGGAGAAGUUUAUCGAGGAACAUUGGAGCAAGGAAGUGAAUCUGAACCACAGUUAGUUGCUGUCAAGAAACUGAAAACAAAUGCUCUGGGCACAACACUUCAAGAUUUUGAGAGGGAAAUAUCUAUAAUGAAGACCUUAAAGCACACAAAUAUUGUAGAAAUCAAGGGCGUGAUCCAAGAACCUGAAGUGAGUCUAGUAAUGGAGUAUGUGCAGCACGGUUCUCUCCAAAGUUAUUUAAAGAUUCAUCGUGACACUCUUGAACAUCCACAUCUUCUCAAAUUUGCUUUAGAUGUUGCUAGAGGAAUGGAGUACUUGGGUCAUAAAAACAUUGUGCACAGAGAUUUGGCUGCUCGAAAUAUAUUAGUGGCCAGUGACAACCAUGUAAAAAUCUCUGAUUUUGGAUUAGCACAAGUGAUGGGAAACAAUGGGUAUUACAUUCUAAAAACCAAUAGAGAGCUACCAAUUAAAUGGUAUGCCCCAGAGAGCUUAAGAGAUGGAAAAUUUUCUCCUUGUUCUGACGUUUGGUCAUAUGGCGUGACGUUAUAUGAGAUGUUUUCAUUUGGGGAUGAUCCAAAGUUACCAGAGUAUACAGAUGAGCAAGAUCAAUCUCAGCUUUUAGUAGCUUUGGAGAGGGGAGUUCGCUUACCUUGCCCUCCUACAUGCGAACAGAGUGUAUAUGCUAGACUUAUGUGCCCUUGCUGGCAGGCUGACAUGCAUGCAAGACCAACGUUUACUCAGCUUUGCCAAGAAAUUGAGGUACUGAGAUGAAUAGUAUUUUAUGUUUCCACAUUAAUCACAAUGAAACAAGUAUCGAGUCGAAACUUGCUUUAGUAUUUUUUCAGUGCGAAUGGCGUUGUUAAUAUGUAAAGAUUGAGUUGCUGAAACGAACUUGAAUUUUUUACUACAAUAAAUAACCAAAAUGCAAAAUUUUCCACAUAGAUUAUGUGCUUGCCCUGGGUUUGAAGCAAGGACAUCUUGCAAACAAGCUUUUCUUAAAAGUUUCUUUAGAUCCCGAUAUUUAUAGACAGUUAGCAGUUACUGUAAAUAAAGAAAUGACAUUUAGAACUCGGUAUUAUUACAACAACAUUCUAUACAUAUUUGCACUAAUCGCAUACAUUUCAACAAUUUAAUAUAUUGUUGUUUCUAAGUACUAGGACAAAAUAAACAAAGGUCUUAAAGUUAAAUUUUGCAUAGGAUGAUGGGAUUGAAUUAAAAUGAAGGUCAGACUUGAGGAAUGCCAUUAAGUUUAGUCAAGUAGUGAGAGGUACCAUUGAGAUAUAACUAUUUGUUUUAUCUUCUUACUUGACUAACCUUAAAAGUAAUCCGUGUGUCUGAUCUUUGUUUAGUUCAACCUUGUUAUGCUAUGUAAAAUUUAAUUUUAAGACCAUCAUCCAUUUUGCCAUAGUACUAGAAAAUGACAAUAUAUCAAUUGAAGCUUAGAGUUAAAAUGUAUAGUACGUUGUCAUAAAUAAAACUGAGUUACAAAUGUCAUUUCUUUAUUAAUAGUAAUCUUACUGCCUUUAAAUAAAGGAAUUCAAAUAAAUUUUUACAAAGUUAUUUUCAUUCUGAGUAUUUAACCCUCAAUUGGUACAGUGGAUUGUGAU